AUGGGGAAGAAGCGAAAGGUAGCACCCAAAUCUUCUCUAUCAGCAGAACCUCCACUCAAGCACCACCAACCCGAACCUCAAAUUGCGCCUCCCGAGUACGAGGAAGUCGAAGUGGAAGAAGAGGAGGAAGAGGAAGUAGAAGAAGUAGAAGAGGAGGAAGAGGAGGAGGAGGAGGAAGAAGAACAAGACGACGAAGAAGAGCAUGAACAGCAACAAGACGAGGACGACGACCCCAUCCAGAAGCUUCUGGAACCUUUAAGCAAGGACCAGAUCUUGAACCUCUUGUGCGAGGCGGCGGCGAAGCACCGUGACGUGGCGGACCGGAUACGCAAGGCGGCGAAUGAGGAUCCCGUACACCGGAAGAUCUUUGUACACGGGCUAGGCUGGGACACCACCGCCGGAACCCUAAUCAGCGCGUUCCGGCAGUACGGUGAGAUCGAGGACUGCAAGGCCGUCACUGAUAAGGUUUCCGGCAAGUCUAAGGGCUACGGGUUCAUCCUCUUCAAGACUCGCCGCGGCUCGCGAAACGCACUUAAGCAGCCGCAGAAGAAGAUCGGCAACCGCAUGACGGCGUGCCAGCUGGCCUCCAUCGGCCCCGUCAGUAGCAGUCAGAGCCAGCCACAGGCACUGCCUUCCUCGGCGCCGGUUCUGUCUUCGUCGGGUUCGGAGUACACGCAGAGGAAGAUUUACGUGAGCAACGUCGGUGCGGAACUCGAUCCGCAGAAGCUUCUGGCGUUUUUCUCGCGGUUCGGGGAAAUUGAGGAGGGGCCUCUGGGGCUGGAUAAGUUGACGGGAAAACCGAAAGGGUUUUGUUUGUUUGUUUAUAGGAGUGCGGAGAGUGCGAAGAGAGCCUUGGAGGAGCCUCAUAAGGACUUUGAAGGGCAUAUUUUGCAUUGCCAGAAGGCGAUUGAUGGGCCCAAGCCCGGGAAGUUGCAGCAGCAGCAGCAGCAGCAGCAACACGGGAACGUGAAUACUCAGGCCCGGACCCAGUUUCAGAGGAACGAUACUGCAAAUGCAGGUGGUGCGUAUGUUGGUGCUGCUGCGGCAGCGCAGCCGGGGCACUUGAUGGCUCCGGCUGGGCCGGGGAUUGGGUUUAACCAGGCGGCGUUGAAUCCGGCGCUGGGGCAGGCGUUGACGGCCCUCCUGGCAUCGCAGGGGACAUUGGGACUGACGAAUUUAUUGGGUAGUAUUGGGACGAGUGCUGCAGUGAACCCUGGUGUGCCUGCUGCGGGGGCUGGAGUGCAGAGUGGUUACAGUGCUCAGUCGAAUAUUAGUCCUGGUGUUAUUGGAGGAUAUGGGACUCAGGUGGGGUUGCAGGCUACAUAUCCGAAUCCGAAUCAGCAGUUAGGGCAGGGUGGUUCUGGAAGAGGGCAAUAUGGUAGUGGUGGUGCGCCUUACAUGGGGCAUUAG